AUGAAAACAUUUCAUCUGCUGUGUUUAUUUUCUUGUGUAACUCCAAGUUUCUCCACUCUACAUUCUCGGUUUAGUUUCUUCGAGAUUCUCACACCCUCCGAUAUCACGCUGCGCACUAAACGAGACUCAGACUCACGCAUUGAGAAAAAACACCUGCAGUUCUCAGCUCUGGGUCGGGCCUUCAACAUCCACCUUACCCCGGGGAGCCCGGUGGUCCACGGGGACCUGGAGGUUAAGCUGGUGGACCCGGGGGGUCGGGAGUUAAAGGUGCCGGUGGGGACAGAUCAUUUCUAUGUGGGGACGGUGGAGGGGCUGAGUGGUAGCGAGGUGGAUGCUUCCUAUGCUGGUGGGGUGUGGUCGGCACAUAUUGAGACCCCUUACGAUGUGUAUUUUAUUGAACCCGUGGCGAACUAUGAUCGGGUUGGUGGGAAGAAAAAUAUGAUCAUUUAUAGAAAGAGUGAUGUCCGUGUGUUCAAUGCAUCCUCAAACUCCGGACGUCCGUUUUGCAUGACCAACGGCUCUGAACAAAUUGUCAGGAGAACCAACGACCCCAGGCCUGUCCAAAACGUCAGCUGGUCAAGAUUUCCGGAUCUCCCUCCAGCAGAACCGGACCAUCGUAAAAACCAAACGUCGCCGGAUAGCGUCAACGCUACUGAGAGAUUAAAAGCUCGGCGGAGGCUGAGGUCCCACUACCCGAACACCUGCGACAUGCUGGUGGUAGUGGACGCCGUGACGUACAAAGGCCUGUGCAACGGGUCGGUGCACAUGUGCGCCAGCAAGGUCGUGUACUGGAUGCAGAUGGUGGACAGGAUCUACAAGAGCUCACAGUUCGGGGCGUUCAGCGGCAUGAGGGUCAAGGUCAAGGCUAUCCGGAUCAUGAAGGAGUUCACGAAGACGAACGGCAGCAUCGACUUCAACAUGGGGACGGAGCACCAGCUUUACUCCCACCAGCUGUUGGAGUCCUUGUCCAGGGUCAGUUGUCUCGGGGAGUACUGUCUCGUCCACUUGAUCACCCAGAGGGACAUCGGCCCGGGGGUGAUGGGGCAGGCGACCAUAGCCAAUGUACCCAAGGAAGGGGAGGAAGGUGAGGAGUUUUGGCACCAAGGAAUCUGUGCCACGUGCCACAACAUGGCUUUCUCCAAAGUCUACACAGAUGGCAAUUUUGUCUCGGACUCGAUGUACCUGGUCAUCCUGACCCACGAGAUCGCCCAUGGGUGGGGCGCCCAGCACGACCACUGGGACCAGGAGUGCUCCCCCGAUGACAUGCAGGGGGGCAAGUACAUCAUGUGGGACAGCUACAACGGUGCGGUGGGCGUCAACAAUUUGAGGUUCUCUCCCUGCACCUCCAGGAUGGUGGAGGAGGUGUUACAGCACAAGGCACACCUCUGUCUGCUACCGGAGCACGCCGUGGACUCCAUGUGUGGGAAUGGCGUGGUCGAGUACGCUGAGGAAUGCGACGACGGGAUGGAUCCGAACAGUAAAUGCUGUUGGCCAAACUGCAGGCUGAAGGAAGGCGCCAUCUGUUCACCACUCAACUAUCCUUGCUGCUCUGACGCUUGUCACGUGGCUCCCGUCUCGAAGACCUGCUACGGCGGACAGAACGUGACCUGCCACGAAACUUCCUACUGCGACGGGACGAGUUACCGCACCUGCCCACUGGGACCACCCCAAGCAGACGGCUCACCCUGCGCCAACCGCGGCACGUGCUACCAGGGCACGUGCAUCGGUUUCUGUGAAAGCCAGGGACUGGCGUCACAUCCUGUCAGACACCUGGUACCCUGCGACUGUGACUCGACCUCCCCCUGUCACCUCUGCUGUAGUGAUAAAUCCACGGAUAUCUGUUUCCCUUUCAUGGACUACUUCGAGGACGGCAAACCUUGCCAGGACGGGACAUGUCUUAACGGCAUGUGUGUGGGGGGUCUACACUCCUCCAGAAAGCUUCAACUCCCCGGUCCCCCCUCCCUCAUGUUUAUCCAUCGCUACCUCUUCUUUCUGACGUUUGGGGUCAGUACUUUCUUCUUCGUUGUUUGUAUCGGGUUUCAUUUGAUGAUGAAAAGUGCCGGAGAGAACCCGUAUAAGGAGCCAGAACCGGAGCUCCCGAGGAUAAUCGAGGCGCAUUAUGUAUGGGUGGAGCCGGAGAAGGUUGAGGAGACGGUGGAGACAUUGACACGGUCUUCAACAUCGGUGUAG